UGUUUAAAACGCAGAUUAUUCCCUGGGCAUGGGUGUCAGUGUAAUGCAUUUUGACUUGAGUUAUUGGAUUUAUCCAGCGCUCUGUCUUGUAGUCUGUACCAUGGCGAACUCAUAAACGCUGUACUGUUGACUACUACGGUGUAUUUAUUCCACAUCUGACAAAAAUCUAACCCUUCGAAGAGAUUCAAACUCUUUUUUUUUUAUCAACGGAAGCCUUCAGCAACUAGCGUUUUGGAACUCUGUGGAGACGCCAUUGGCAAUGACAUCGCUCCCGUGCGCUCUGUGCAUAAUAUGGAUAUGUCUGAUCUGUCAUUCGACGGGAACGGGAUUUAUUUACCAGUUUCCAGGAGUGACUGGCCAAAGCGUCAACUCCGAGCAGAGCGCGACCACAGGUGUACCUGGCAGCGGAUCAAACAUUCACCUCAGGAACUGGUGCCAGUACACUGUGUUGAGGACAGUGAAGUGCCAGGUGCACAAUGGGACAGAGACCAUGGUACAGAGAGUGUUUCAAGGCUGCCGCUGGCCAGGACCCUGCUCUAAACUCAUCAGCUACAGGACCGUGGUCAGGCCGUCGUACAAGGUGGCCUAUCGGCAGAUCACAGCUCGGGAGUGGAGGUGCUGUCCUGGGUUUGUAGGAGAUGAAUGUCGAGAAGAGUGUAUGAACUGCACUGGCUUCACUGACAUAAACAACCGGCUGAACUUCAUCGAAUCCAAGAUUAAGCUGCUAGAGGGAGCAGGUUCACCAUCACCGUCCUUCAACAACUCAACAGAGGGCUCCAGCGACAAUGUCAUGUACACCCCCACCCCCAUCGGCCCUCCAUCUUACCUGCACCCAGGAGGAAGAGGACCACCAGGGCCAAUCGGAUCACCAGGAAUUCCAGGCCCAGCUGGCGAGGCAGGGGUUCCAGGACAGACCGGCCCCACAGGGCCAAUGGGAGAGAGAGGAAGACCAGGAGAGAUCGGACAUCCAGGCCCUCCAGGGCCAACCUCCUCCUCUACCCGGCCGAGAGGUGACAUGUUUGGGUUCGACGAGCAGGAGGAGACCCGUCUUACUCCAACUCUUCCUGAGUUGGUAGCUGGCCCUCCUGGUCCAUCUGGCCCCCUAGGACCUCCAGGUCCCCCUGGACCAAUCGGACCAGCAGGAGUUCCAGGUCUCCCAGGGCGAGAUGCAGAAGGAGGUCUCCAAGGCAAGGCUGGGAAUCCCGGUCCUAAAGGAGACGCAGGGGAGAGGGGCCCUUCAGGAUUACCAGGGGAGCACGGCCAGCCUGGGCAGUCUGGGCAGAAGGGGGAGCCAGGAGAGGGUUUGCCUGAGGGGGAAGCUGAAGGAUUGCAGCAGCUGAGGGAAGCUCUCAAGAUCCUGGCAGAGAGAGUUUUGAUUCUGGAACACAUGAUUGGCAUCCACGAGAGUCCAGUGGAGUCAGGCUCUGGACUGGAAGGCCUACCAGACUCCUUUUCCUUCCCCACCAUCAAGACCAGACUGGCCGAGUCCACCAUCAAGACCAGGCGACUCCAGCCCCUCCAACUCUCCUCCCGUCCAUCCUCAAGGAAGCACUCUGGUGGCCAGACGGAGACCAUGUAUUUUUUAAGACACCAAUGAGUGUGUGUGUGUGUGUGUGUGUGUGUGUGUGUGUGUGUGUGUGUGUGUGUGUGUGUG